AUGGCCUUCCUCUUCAAGUCCAAGAAAAGCCAAGACCGCGCCUUGUCGAGCCGUGACGGUAAUUCGAGCUCACACGUCACGAGUGCUAGCGUGCGGCUGGCUCGCGACGAAAAGAACGUUGCCCAAAGAGCCACUCCCACAGGUAGCUUGAACUCUAUGGAUGAGCUUGGCAAUGGUAGUCCCGACCAGAUUCGCCGCGGAGGUAGCUUGGACCAGAUGCAAUCUUCAGAUUUGCCUCUUCGCAACGGGCCACCUUCAUCAAACCCAAAUGCUUCACUUUACCCCUGGUCGCAACGGCGGCUAACGUACACGCAAUCCAACCCCACUCCGUUCCCAAGAUAUGGCGCUGCCGUCAACGCAACCGCUUCGAAAGAGGGUGAUAUAUACAUGAUGGGUGGUCUGAUCAAUAGUUCCACGGUCAAAGGCGACCUUUGGAUGAUCGAGGCAGGGGGGAACUUGGCUUGCUACCCUCUAGCGACCACUGCCGAAGGUCCAGGGCCUAGAGUUGGUCAUUCAAGCUUGCUUGUGGGCAAUGCUUUCAUUGUCUACGGCGGUGACACCAAGAUUGACGAGUCGGAUGUUCUGGACGAAACGUUAUAUUUGCUCAAUACGUCAACCAGGCACUGGUCCCGCGCUCUGCCCGCCGGCCCCAGACCGUCAGGUCGUUAUGGACACUCCCUCAAUAUUCUUGGUUCCAAAAUAUACAUCUUUGGAGGUCAGGUCGAGGGCUACUUUAUGAACGAUCUUUCUGCAUUUGACUUGAAUCAGUUGCAAUCUUCGAAUAAUAGGUGGGAGAUUUUGCUACCGGGAGACACAUCACCAAAUACGCCGAAAGCCCGUACAAACCACUCCGUGGUUACGUUCAAUGACAAGAUGUACUUAUUUGGCGGAACGAAUGGUUUCCAAUGGUUCAACGACGUAUGGUGCUACGAUCCAGCCACAAACUCCUGGACCCAGCUGGACUGUAUCGGCUACAUCCCAGCGCCCCGGGAAGGCCAUGCCGCAGCUUUGGUAGACGAUGUAAUGUACGUCUUUGGUGGGCGUACCGAAGAAGGCACAGAUUUGGGGGAUUUGGCCGCGUUCAGAAUCAGCUCCCAGCGCUGGUAUACCUUCCAGAAUAUGGGUCCUUCACCCUCCCCACGGUCGGGCCACAGCAUGACGACUGUGGGCAAGUCCAUUGUCGUUCUCGGCGGCGAGCCCAGCUCGCCCACGACUACCACCAAAGAUUUGGGUAUCAUGUAUGUUCUGGAUACGACUAAGAUUCGAUAUCCCAACGAUAAUCAGCAAGGAGCACAGCGAACAGCACAAGGAAUUCGAAGGCCCAGUACGAGUGAGGUCGUCAGUUCUGCCAAUCGGCAGCUGCCUCCUCCUGCAGGCGCCCCUCAAGACUCACGGAAGCCUGGCAGCGCGCCUGUCGUCGCGGCUACCACCACUGCUGCAACGGGUGCUUCCGGCAACAAGUCACCAAACGGGUACACUUCACCACCUCCCACAGGCGCAGACCCCGACAUGCAACAGAAUUCGGGAGCUCCUCCACCUUCAGCGCCUCCGUCAAAGCUCCCCAGAGCUAACCUCAUGUCAAGUCCCUCCGGCCCCCCUCCCCAGGGACCGACACCGGCGAAACCGAACAUGGAAGCACCUAGCAUCGGUCGGGUCAGGGGCGCGUCUACAGACCGAGUUGGCAGAUCUGGCUCUCCGCAAACAAUGUUGGCUCAACCUGCUGCUGGUGUGCCUGAACAUGACACUGGGCCCAUGAUGAACGGUCGACGGACACCCACUCAGCCGUCUCAACUGUGGAGGACAGGAUCUAAGCAGGAUCAUUCAGUCAGCGAUGCCAACAAGGGCAACCCAAGAGGUCACCGUCAACUGCAAAGUUCCGUGGAUAGCUCUGCAGAAUCCAACGUCAGAGCCGUUCGGCCCUCUUCUCCUCCUCCUCCAACCAGGCAGCCCAGCAAUCCUCUCUCCCGACGAUCAUCUGGUAGAAACUCUCAAACCGUUGCCCUCCUCAACGAAUUAGACUCGGCGCGGAACAGGAAUGCGUGGUAUGCGUCCGAGCUGGAGCUCGCUCGGAAGGCGGGCUACGUGUCCACCGCAACCAUGAAUACCCUUGACGCAAAAGCCGCCGAAACGUUUGACGACGAGGAUAGGCCUCUUGUGGAAGCUCUUCUGGCUAUGAGGACGGAACUAGCCAACGUGCAAAGUUCUGUGGAUAAGCAGGCAAUCAUGGCCGCAAAACAAAUCGCAGAGGCUGAGAAGCAACGUGAUGCAGCCAUUCAAGAAGCCGUGUAUGCCAAGGCCAAGUUGGCUGCGCACACGGGAGGAAGCGUAACGAGCACUCCUCAGCUGGAUGGUGACCGAGACGAGCCUUCAGACAGAUCAGGAGAAAUGGCCAAGAAAUUAGCUGCCGCCCUGGGCCAGCAAAAGGAUUUGAGGACCCAGCUGGACCAUUCUAGGACGGAAUUGAUGGCGGAAAAAAGCGCUCGUCAGUUGGCGGACGACACUGCCACUGCCGCCCAAAAGCGCUUAACCGACUUGGAGACUUACAAGCAGCAGACAUCCACUGAAAUAGAACGUCUAAAGGCAGAGCUGCACGUCGCCCAGCAAGAGGCUCGCGAAAAGUCGGUGGCAUGCGUCGAGGCUGUUACAGCGCUGGAGCUGGUGAGGGUGGAAAGGGACGAGUUCGGGUCAAAGUACAACGAGGCAGUCGGCUCCUCAAAGAGCCAUGACGAAACAUUCGAAUCGCUCAAGAACGCCAUAUCAGCAUCAGAGGAUGUCAAGUCGCAUUUGGAAACGCGGCUGGAGGAGGAGCGUGCAGCCCGUGAGCAACUGGAAGAUGAGCUCAACAAGUUGAAGCGAGAGCAUGAGGCCCGCACGACGGAGUUGUUGGCUUCAACAAAACGUUUGCGUGAUGCCCAAGAACUUGCUGAAAAACAUGCCAACGAAGCGCAAACGCAUCGCCAGGCUUUGCUGUCGGGACUCGGUACAAUGACGAGUCAAGACACGGCAAGCGCGGACAAGGGCGCUCAUAGUGAACGGAUCGCCGCGCUUCAAGACCAGAUUACGGCUGCCAAGGAGCUGGCGAGGAAGUAUCAGCUGGAAGCCGAUGCUGCCGCAGACAAGCUGCGCAGUGCCGAAGAAAGAAUUGCCGGCUUGGAGCAGUAUCAGGAGCAGUCGAGUAGGGAAGGCGUCGCGAUAAGAAGACAGCUUCAGUCUGCCCUGAGGGAAACGCAAGCCCUGCAAGCUGGCCACACGGACCUCAGAAAUCAACUCGCAUCCCAGCAGCUGGAAACGAAUGCCAUGACUGUGCAGCACAAUGCCCUGAAGGACAUUUUGUCGGAACGAGGCAUCAGUCCCACCAGCGCCAUCCGAUCUCGCGUCCUGGUCAGUCCACGAACAAACUCUCCUGAGCAGACCCGCAUGCGAGAUCUUGAGGCACAGCUCGCCAGUGCCGCUGCCACUCUGGAGGAGUGCAAACUGCAGUUUGCGUCUCAACAGCAAGAAUCCGAACUGGCAUACCGGGAGAAGCUCCAGCAGCUCGAGAGCGACUACCAGUCGGCUGUGCACUACGUCAAGGGAACAGAAAAGAUGCUGAAGCAGCUCAAAGACCAGCUCUCUCGCUACAAGUCCGACAACGGGCGCCUCAAGCUGGAGAUUGAGGAGCUGGAGACUCGGGUAAGCAAUGAGGACGGCCGGCCACCCGCAGCACCCGAGGACUGGCUUCACGAACGCGAUUCGCUGCAUCAGAGAGUCGAGUCUCUCGAAUCCGAGUUGAAGGCGUCGGGAUCCAAUCUGGAGAGAAGGCUCGAAGCCGUGACGACGGAGCUGGCCGACAGCAACAAGCAACGCGACGAGGCCAUCAAGACGUUGGAAUCGCACCGCAAGGAUUUGGAGCAACUCCACGCGGAGAACGCCCUUUUGGAACAGCGCGCCGGUGAUGCGGAGCAGAAAGUGGCUCUUCUUCUCGACCAGGUUGAACACUCGGUCGAUAACUACCGGAGACGCAGUCGCCAAGCCCCCAGCAUGACGUCGGAGAGCACCAACGGCCUCGCGCUCGGCCACAGCCGCAACGAGAGUUCUGAAAACGGAAGCUCGUACGGCGGCGCCAACAGUCUGGAUGCCAGGAACAGCGCGGCUCUCGACAACCUUGCCAGCGAGCUGGAGACUCUUCGAAGCCACUGGGAAGCCACAAACAAGAACUACCGCUUGAGCAGCAAUUUCGACUUUGACAGUCCCGUUGUCGGGAAGAAGGCUGAUGAAGGCUUGGCGAACCCUAGCCUGAGCGAGAGCCUGGCUGACUGGAGGAAGAGGCUUGACACGGACGAUCACCACUCGGGGGGUGAAAAGCCAUGA